AUGGGGAAAUGGAUCGGGGGCUCCUACCUUCCCGACAAUGCACCGGAACGUCUAAGUGAGUAUGUGUACCAUGGAACCGACAAGAGUCUCCUAUACAAAUAUAUCUGGCGCCCGCUUUGUGUACGACUCGUGACGUACUUGCCGGUGUGGCUCUCAGCGAAUGUCAUCAGUGUCAGUGCUCUUGCAUUUGUGUUUGCUACGCAUCUGUUGCUCGCCUGGUACGUGCCAAAGCUUACUGUAAAGGAUAGUCUUGACAUGGGUGAGGGCGACAGUCGGUUUGCGAUGGAGUAUAUCCUAUCACCACACCCAUUUGUAUUUGUCCUUGCCGCCCUCGCACUGCUGGCGUACCCUAUCCUUGACAAUCUGGACGGACAUCAGGCGCGCCGAACUCGCACAGCGUCGCCGCUCGGGUUGAUUGUGGAUCACGGCUGCGACGCAUUCAACUGUGUAAUCGCUUCUCUCUCUGUCGCCUCAUCUCUAUCAGCGGGACCAACGUGGAAAACGUGGGCGUUGAUGCUCUCUAUGGUGAUAGCGUUUUUCAUGAACACAUGGGAAGAGUACUACAUUGAUGAGCUUGUGCUUCCACUCAUAAAUGGACCGAAUGAAGGUGUCUUGGUUGGCAUUAUCAUGUAUUUCUUCACUGCGUGGGUAGGGGGACCACGAUGGUGGUAUGUUAACGGUGUAACUAUACCGCAUUCAUGGCUUCCUGUUGUGCUGUCACAGGCACCUCCAUUGGCUGCUGUGGAAGUGGAAAAAAACGUCUUGGGGGCAAUUUGUCCUUGGAUUGCUCCUCGUUCUACUGGUGGGGCGGCUUUCUCUAUGUUUCCCAUGCUUCUUGGGCUUAACUGCAGUGAUACGUAUGUGGCUGCCCCACCACUCCCCCUCAGUUCAGCAAGUAAUCCGACUAGUGCUGCGUACAUUGGCCACAGUACAUUGCAGAAUGUUGUAAUUAGGCUCUACGACACGGAGGAUUCUAGAAGUGUGAGAAUACGCUACAAUACGAUCGGUAUUUUAAUAUUGAUAGUAAGCUCGGCCGCUACAAGUGUGGGCAACAUGAUUCGAGUGUACCGUGCAGUGCGCCAACCCAUAGAUAAGAGCAAAUAUGGCUCAGGAUGGUUAGUGCGUAACAUGCCGUUUGUACACGCCCUCACGCGCCUACUGCCCCUUGCGGUUAUAACGCUCUUUGCCACGCUAUGGUUUUUAACUUCGCCGGAUAAUGUCUUUAGGAGACAUCCGCGCAUUUUCUGUUGGACAGUGGGACUUUUAUACACUAAGUCUGCUAUUCAUCUGAUGAUCGCGCACGUCUGCGGUGUGGAGUUUAAUCCAUUUCGCCGCACCCUGUGGCCAUUUUUAUUCCUCAGCGCUCACAUGGUACUGACGUAUUGCCGCAACAUUCUUCACAUGACACAAUGGUAUCAGUCACCUAGUCUCUCGCUGUGGUUACGUUCUCCGACUAAAGUGUGGAUUGGCCUCCCCGAUGAGGAGCAUGUCCUGUGGGCACUCUUCACGCUGAGUCUCCUGGCCUUUGUCCAUCUCGUCAUUAACGUUGUGAGGGAGACGGCAGAGGCGUUGGGGGUUUCUAUUUUCACAGUGCCUCACAGCAACCAGGAGGCGCUACGGAAACAGAUUGAAGAGGAGCGGGCCAAGAAGCACAAAUGA